GUGAGACCGUGACGUCACAAAAAGUGAAACUACGCUGCAGACUAAACUGAGACCACCAGCCAGACUCUGUAACAUCCUCACUGCAGGUGACGCAUUUUCCAUCACGGGUAUAAAUACGCAGCAUCAUUCUCCUUCAACAGCCGACACUCGCAGUUCAGACUCUUCGCUGCUCACACUCCUGCAGUCCAACAUGCGCUCCUCCUGGUGCGGCGGUGUGAUGCGCACCGGGCUCUCCACAAAGUGACAGAAGCUCUAAAACACCUCAACAAUGGACGGCACAAACAACACGACAGAUUGGUUUUUGUUUCAGAACUCUUCAAACUCAACACAACCUGAAGAAGAGGAGGUGAAGCUGAGCUACCAGGUGGUCACAUCCUUCCUGCUCAGCGCGCUCAUCCUGUGCGCAAUCUUUGGGAACGCGUGCGUGGUCGCAGCCAUCGCCUUGGAGCGCUCUCUCCAGAAUGUGGCCAACUACCUGAUCGGUUCUCUGGCUGUCACAGACCUGAUGGUAUCGGUGCUGGUGCUGCCCAUGGCGGCGCUUUACCUGGUCUUAAACCGGUGGACUCUCGGGCAGAUACCGUGUGACAUCUUCAUCUCUCUGGAUGUACUGUGCUGCACUUCAUCCAUCCUGCACCUGUGCGCCAUCGCCCUGGACAGAUACUGGGCGAUAACUGAUCCUAUAGAAUACAUGAAGAAGAGGACGCCGAGGAGAGCAGCAGUCCUCAUCAGUGUCACCUGGCUUGUUGGAUUCUCCAUCUCAGUGCCGCCCAUGUCGAUCAUGCGCUCCCAACCCGGCAGCAUGGCAGAGGACAGAGCGAACCCGAAACAAUGCAAGAUCAGACAAGACCCCUGGUAUACGAUAUACUCUACAUUCGGGGCUUUCUACAUCCCACUGACUCUGAUGCUGGUUUUAUACGGCCGGAUCUUUAAAGCGGCCAGGUUCCGGAUAAGGAGGACUGUGCGUAAAGCGGAGAAAAAGAAAGUUACCGACUCUUGUUUGGCUUUGUCCCCCGCCCUGUUCCAUAAAAAGACUCAGGGAGACGCGCAGGGUAAGACCUGGAAAAGAAGCGUGGAGCCCAGGCCGCUGCCGACCGUCAAUGGCGCAGUGAAGCACGCGGAGGACGGCGAGUCUCUGGAGAUCAUCGAAGUGCAUAGCAACUCCAAAGGGAACCUUCCCCUGCCCAACACCCCGAACCGCGUGCCACUGUUCGAGAACAGGCACGAGAAGGCGACCGAGGCGAAGAGGAAGAUCGCAAUGGCACGAGAGCGCAAGACUGUGAAGACUCUGGGCAUCAUCAUGGGCACCUUCAUCCUCUGCUGGCUGCCCUUCUUCAUCGUCGCCCUGGUAAUGCCUUUCUGCAAGGAGUCGUGCUACAUGCCCCGCGCGCUGGAAGAUGUCAUAAACUGGCUGGGUUACUCCAACUCUUUACUCAACCCCAUCAUCUACGCGUACUUCAACAAAGACUUCCAGAGCGCUUUCAAGAAAAUCAUCAAGUGUCAUUUCUGCAGACCGUGACUGAAAACCAAACAGCCUUUAAAAGUGGCACAAACGAUGGUUCUGCUACAGAUUGAUGUAAUAACUGAACAAAGGGAUCAUACAUUAUCGGUCAUCACCAUCGGUAUCAGUAUUGAAUGUUCCCAGACAUGUCUCUAGUCUAUGCAUAGAUAAAGCUGUGAUGUUCCACUGAAGCUCCAUCUUCAUCCUGUUCUGUCAUGUUCAAUAAAGAGAUACUUUUCUAGAA